AGGUAAGCGACAUUAUUUAGGCGCACCGAACGGACCCGCCGGUGGUGGGGCGAGUGCAUCUCGGGGCGAUCUGGAACCGAGGCGUGCGUGAACUCAGUUCGAAAUUGUGAGUCGGCGAGUGAGCUUGCGUCGGUCGGCAUCGACUCGCUCUCUGGAGUUUCCGCUCGCACGAUAAAAGGGAAGCGACCCUCGCGUACCUCGCUACUGUGCACCAGUCCGACGAUCCGACGAGGAGUGCUGCCGCCGCGGCCGGUGAUUGAGGGCCGGACUGUGCUUGUGCUUCACGUGUUUUGAUUUGAUACUUACUUGUUGGACUGUGCUUGUGACAUUGUGACAAUCGUGGCUAACAAUCAAUGAACUGUUUUUUGAAAGUUUCCUUUCUGAUUCGCAUCGGAUGAUGGUAUUACUAGAAGUAGUAGUGGUGUUGUGAAUCGUCCGGAAGACCCGAAGAACAUGGCGACCAAAGUUCUUUCAGUGUUAUUCGUUGUAGUGUUAGUGAGUUGCGCCAACGGUGCCAGAUGGUCGCACUCGGCGAUGCUCAGUCCGGACUACAGGCUGCUGUGGUCCCUGGGACCGGGUCCCCAGGACAUCACGUUCGAACUCCAAGUCCGGACGUUGGGCUACGUCGGCUUCGGAUUUAGCAGGGACGGACGCAUGGCCGGCGCCGACAUGGUCGUCGGAUGGGUCGACCAGGGACAAGUCUACUUCCAGGAUCGGCACGUCAAGGACUCGCCUGGAAGUUCCAACGACCGCGAACCGGAAGUGGACCCCAGCCAGGACUAUCAGCUGCUGUUGGGCUACGAGAACAGCACGCACACGGUCCUGCGAUUCCGUCGCAGGCUCGACACGUGCGACCAUCACGACAUACCCAUCACCAACGAUACGAUGAGGAUCGUCUGGGCCUUCCACCAGGAGGAGCCGGCCGGUGGGGCAGUCGGCCCCAAAUCGUUACCGCAACACGAAACUGGAACUCGAGGCACUCAAUCCCUGUACUUGGUCCAACGUGCCGAUCAAGAUGCUCCGGGACCGGACGAGACAGCCAGAAUUUGGGAGCUGAGGAAUCCCACAGUUGAGCCUCCGAUUCCAGGUGAAACUCUUUACUGGUGUCGGGUGUUCAGAAUUCCCACCAUCACCAGGAAGCACCACUUGAUUAGGUACGAGCCCCUCAAGGGGAUAUCGGGAUCAAACGGCUUACAGCACGUCGUGCUGUACGAAUGCCAGGAGAAUCCAGAAGUGGAGAAAUUGGCCAACACCCCAGGCAGACAGUGCUACGACCCGCACGCCCAGCCCCUGGCCUGCAACACCGUGGUGGCGAGCUGGGCCAGAGGCUCGGAGGGUUUCAGCUUCCCCCCGGAAGCGGGCUAUCCUCUGGACGCCCAAAAUUCCAGAUACUACCUUAUGGAGACUCAUUACACCAGCCCCAUUGACGGCAGCAUGGGUUCGAUCGACGGCUCAGGUCUGCGACUGUUUUACACCCCCGAGUUGAGGAGACACGAUGCGGGGGUUAUUUCAAUAGGGAUGGAUCCUAAUUGGAGGCAUAUUAUUCCGCCUGGUCAACAACGGGUUGUUUCGUCGGGGCACUGUGUGGCUGAUUGUACCCGCCAGGCGUUCCCGCCGUCCGGCAUCAACAUGUUCGCGGUCGUGAUGAAGACCCACCGCAUCGGCAAACAGGUCUCGUUGAAGCAUAUACGGGGUGGCGUCGAGCAAGCGCCCAUCGCCACCGACGACAAUCUCGACGCCGAUUAUCAGGAGUACAGGAAUUUGGGCGUGCCGGUGAAGAUCUACCCCGGCGACCACUUAAUUACGGAGUGCACUUACAACAGUUCCGGACGCAGUGCUAUCACUUUGGGCGGUUUGACUAGUCGCGAGGAAACCUGUCUGGUCAUGGGGUUGUAUUAUCCGAAGCAACGGUCUUUAGCGGCCUGCCACAGCUUGCCCAGUCUGCCCACCGUCCUCCACUCGCUCGGCAUCCAGGAACUUAGCCCGGGCUCGAAUCCGGUGCGGAUAGCUGCGCCCCCGGAGCUGGCCGGGAUGACCCUGGAAGCCAGAUUAGUGUCGUACGAUUGGGACAAUCAGUUCCAUAGUUUUCAGGAAGCCACAAUGAAAGGGUCCUUUAAGCCUCUUUGUUGGACGGCGCAAUCGACGUUAUUACCGGGUACGGAUAAGGAGUCCCACUACCCGAACAUCUCGAAGCCUUACGCGAAGAGCAGGGUGGACGAGUGCAACUACAGACGGUACAGCACGGAGGGCUGGCCCGGCGGAACGCCCAUAAUCGAGCUGGACAGCAACCACAUAGAGGGUGCCGCCAGGAGCAAAGUGUCGAGGAGCAGCAGCGUGUCGUUGGAGGAGUCGCUAGGCUUGAGCCGGUUCAACUCCGGCACCAGUGAAAGUGGUUUUUGUGCGCUCGUACUCUUCUCCGUGCUGGUGAUCUGGUUCAACCGUUGACUUUGGUGACCCUCCAUAGUGAAACUAGUGAAUGACUGACUGUUUAAUCGAUUUCUUUUUUGUAUAAAGAACUCAGUGAUGCUGUGCUAUUCGACAAUUUCUGGCAAAUUGUUUUCAAGUCAUGUUUUUAUACUAGUCCGUUCGGCCAGAUUAUCAUGGACAUUUGACAGUGUGAAUCUGCUUAGUGUGUGAUCCAGUAAAGCGUUCGAAUGUUACUGUGCUUCGAAAGUGUGGACUGCAAUUUUUUUUUAACUCUAUCCUGUGCCAACUGUACAGCCUGACAACCUUUCGAAGGGAAUUUAAACAUCGGAUCUUGGUUCCAUAAGGGUAAGCGUCGCUCCGAUAUGCCCAAGGAAUUAAGUCGGAUGGUUAGGUUUACGGUUCAACCUACUCUAUUUACACCUCGUGUCUUACCUACCUUUUCCAUUCCUCCUAAGAUGUAGCGUUAUUAACAUUAAAUGAUGUAUUGUCGCAAUCCAAUUGCCAGUCAUAGAAAUUAAAUAAAAACAAAAAAAAAACAUAAAAAUACAAUUAAAUUGUAGAAACCCAAGAACGCUUUACUGUAAAAUAAAAUAAUGUAGCGGCUUCGACGCCGAAUUGGACAGAUGAUAUGCCGCGUUUGGUCUGUGAUGCAAAGUAGAAAAUAAGCACUUUUUUAAAAUAUGUUUCUUUUCUGUACUACUACAACACGUAGUCAGCAUUGUUGUUGUUAGUUUUCGACUUUUAUUGACCGUGAAUUUAAUAACUGUUGGAUACCUUUUGUAUUUAUAUGUAAAUUUCGUCUAUUUUAUUGUAUAUUUGUAGUCCUGACUGGUGCUAUAUAUAGUUUUUAUUCCUUGUAAAUGUACUGUAUUUAAUUUAUUAUCCUCGUUUGUUUCCUAGAACAAAAUGAACUCUUGUACAGUGUAGAUAACUUGUGUAAUAUAUUUUAUAAAUAAAUCUCAAUAUCUAGCAAUA